AUGAGAUGCAGCAAUAAAGGGCAAAACUUGAAACUUUGCGCCAUCAAGUUUUUCCUAAAAAUCCGCCUUCCCUACGCUUUCCACCGGUCAUACUUUCACCACUGCCGCACCCGUUUACCGCGCCGAGUUGUCUCCCCUCCCCCCCUUCUCCCGCCCCACCCCUCCCCCCACUCUCCCGAUGUCCUACGCUGGACAUCCCCCGAGCUCCGAGCGCGAGGAGCUGGAAAAGUUCCUCGCUGGUCUAAGCGAGUACCACCCUGCGCUGCCGGACGAGCUAGUCCGGCACUAUCUCUCUCGUGCCGGCUUUGCGACGGACGACGUGCGCGUCGAGCGCUUCAUCGCGCUGGCCGCGCAGAAGUUCCUCGCCGACAUCGCCACGGACGCCAUCUCGCACGCAAGGCUGCGCCACAGCAAUACUUCGGCCCACCGCAAGAGCACCGCCGCCGCGAGGGAGGCCAAGCUCACUCUGACCGUCGACGAUCUCGAGAGGGCGCUCAGGGAGUACGGAGUGUCACUCAAGAAACCCCCCUACUUUGCAGACUCUGUUACCGCAGGCGCGCCGGAGGCAAGCCCCGUCGUUAA